UUCAAAGAAAACUCAACAAUUUCUUUCAAAACUGUUCACUAUAUAUAUAUGAAUCAACAAAUCUAAUUUGUUCAAGUUCCAUUACAGCAUUGUCACAGUUUUUUAAAACUUCAAGGCAAACAAGAGAGAAAAACUAGAAAUGGCGUCUAUUUUCGAAUCAUAUAUCUAUGAAGAUUUGAAUCCAAAAAUUGAAACACAGAAUACUCCAAAAUCACACAUUCUCAUUGUUCACAUUCCCGAUGGUUUUACAAAAGAAGAUAUUGGUGCUAAAGUUGAGUAUGAUUUUGGAAGGGUGAGAGUUUUUGGUGAAAGAUCAAUUGGAUCAAAUAAAAAGAUGCGUUUCAAUGAAAAGUAUCAAGUUCCAUCACAUUGUGAUAUUGGCAGUAUUAGAGGUAAGUUUGAUGGAAAAACUGUCACUCUUACAAUGCCAAAUAUUCCAGGUAAAGUUCCUCAACAAGAAGAAAAACCAAUUGAAGAUAAUAGUGAUGCUAAGGUAAAUGAUCAAAAGGAUCAAGAAAACACUUCUCAUCAAGAUCCUAAAUCCAAUGUUGAAAAUAAAGAAUAUGCUACUCCACAAGAUGCUCAAAAAUCGACUUCGUCUCAAAAGGGUCCUGAAGAAAUUUCUCAAAAAGAUCAAGUUACAAAAGACGAUGAGAAUCCGACCUCGCAAGAAGCCACAAAAGAGUCUAUAGCUCAAAAGGGUCAAGAAGAAAUUUCUCAAAAAGAAUCUGUAUCUCAAAAAGGUCGAGAAGAAAUUUCAAAAAACGAGUCAGUACCUCAAAAGGAUCGAGAAGAAAUUUCUCAAAAAGAAUCUUUACAACAAAAGGGUCGAGAAGAAAUUUCUCAAAAGGAGUCUAUACACAAAAAGCGUCAACAAGAAAUUUCUCAAGAAUCUCAAAUUACAAAAGUUGAAAGUAAGGAAAAAUCUCAUCACGAGACUUCGACUCCAUCAGAAGAAACGCAUCAGUCUAUGCCUCAAAAGAGUCAAGAUCAAGAAAAUCCCAAUAAAGCCGCGGAUACAAAAGAUGCAAAACUUCAAACAGAAGAAACCGCAAAAGACGAGAACAAGGAAAAUCAAAAGCUUGUAAAGGAAGAAACCAAGGAUCACCUUAAGAAAACUACAGAAUCAGAAAAUCCACAAGUUAUGAAUGAUUCUUCCCCUACACUUGAAGAGGAAACUAAAGAAGAAAGCAAAGAAUCUGCAAAAGCUGAAACUUUUCCUCAGAUGAAAACAUACAUGGAGAAAGGAAAGGAAAUGAUCAAAGAUAAAUUCGGCGAUGAGAAAAAAGGCGAUAAAAAGAGCUUUGGUGAAUCAACAAGAACAAGAAUCAAAGACAUGGCUUUGUCUACAACUCAAGCUGUAACUAACUAUGCAAAGAGGUUCAAUGAAGAAGAUAAACAAAAGCUAAUUUACACUGGUGCAACAAUUCUUGUCGUAGCGCUCGGUGUUUACGCUUCUUACAAGUAUCGUUCAUCGCGUAAAUCAUAAACAAAUUGCAUGUCUAUAAGAUUUAUAGUAUCUAUCAUAUUUGUAUCAUACUUGACAAAUAAAUCAAAAUUUACAUUACGAGCUUA